UUAGUCGGAAUUAGUGACACGUGUAGCUCUAGUAUUAAUUCAUUUCUUUAAUAAAAUCAAUCGAUUCAGUUCUUACCAAGUUUUUUUCAUUCAAUCAACAAGUGAAAAAUGUCAUCAUUUCUGCACCUUUUAUUACUUCCGCUGUUCAUUCAGUCGAUUACCACUGCGGAUCCCAACAAUCACAUUACAUUCUUUGAUCUUCUCGAGAAAUUUUACGUGAAAGGGGAUAGAAAUCAUUUCCCAAUACGGCCAAAAUUGGAUUUCAUGCUAACAAUGCCGAGAAAUUUCUACGAUGUAAGACCGAAGCUAAAAGCUCCUGUGAAUGAAUUUUUGGAUAGUGAAAUAAGAGAUCGAGUGGCAAAAAAAAUACCAAAAACCAUAAAAAUUAACGAAACAAAUACCCGUGUUGCCAUCAGUUCGAUAAUUGAAUCAAUUAACGAUCAGCGGAUACAAAUUAGGAAUAUAAAUGCCGAUAUUUUGAAAAAGAUGUCAUUCAAACCGUCCGAGAAAAAUGACGAUUUAUUCAUUCAAUCUUAUAAGGCAUUCAAAGUAAAUCCCUUCGACUUGGCACAUGCGCAACAAGUUUGGCGCGAUCAAAAAACAAUGAGAGAUGAAUAUGAUGAAUUGCACGCAAAAUUCAACGUGAAUAUGAAUGCGGCGGAGACUGUGAAAGCGAGCGUUGAUUCAGAUCUUGACAUAGCUACGAAGGGAUUUUUCGAACUUUUAAAUAUGUCUGAAAUUAAACAAGUAGAGAAAAUGUGUGUGACACUUGAAUCGAUCACAAAUGAAUUAAUUGAACAACAACAGCUGGUGCUUGGAAAACUUGAGAGCGUAAGAGAAACGAUUGAGCAAUAUAAUAUUAAGCGGUAUAGAUGGGCAGAAUUCGUAAUAGGAAUGAGAUAUACGGUCGAUUCAAAUGAUCGACACUCAGUAAGACGCGUUAAAAUUAAACAGGAACCAAGCUGUUCUUGUAUAAUGCUUUAGGAAAUAUUGCGGUUAUUUGAAUUUUGGUUUUUGGAACAUAUUCUGCAAAUAUGCAGUUUUCAUAUUAUUAACUCUUUUGAUUGGUCUUGUUUGUGAACUAAAAAGUGAAAUAAACUCUUUUGACGAAAA